GGAGAGAGGCUCGAGUGCUGCCCCCUGCGAGCGGCCGGAGGAACCAGGUCCCGCUGACGUAAACACCAACACGUCAGUCAAGAUGGCAGAGGAAAGUCCCAGCAGACAAGACAUCGAGGCCGUGUUUAAGCGACUCCGAGCCAUCCCCACGAAUAAGACAUGCUUUGAUUGUGAUGCAAAGAACCCAACAUGGGCAACCGUAACAUACGGAGUGUUCAUUUGUAUUGACUGCUCAGCUGUGCACCGCAGCUUAGGGGUGCAUUUGACAUUCGUUAAAUCCACGCAAUUAGACACCAACUGGACAUGGAUCCAGCUGCGAAGUAUGCAGCUUGGAGGCAACUCCAAUGCGAGAACCUACUUCAACCAACACAACUGCACCUCAAAAGAUGCCCAGCAAAAAUACAACUCCCGUGCAGCCCAGCUGUACCGAGAGAAGCUCUCCCAGAUAGCCAGACAAGCCAUGAAAAUCCACGGCACAAGGAUCGAGCUGGACCCUGACCAAGUCCAUAAACUGGGUAGCACAUUAGGGCUCACGGCAUGGACCGCUCCAUGCUUUUCCUCGCCCACGCCAGCGUCUCCCGUGACACCCAAGGUCAACAUUGACUCAGGGCACACAGAAGCAGCACCACAGGAGGAGAAGAAGGAGGUGGAUUUCUUUGAGGAGCAUGCCAACUUAGUCACUGCUGACCAUGUGCCAUUCCAACCCUUGUGUCAGUCUAAGGACAUCAGCACAAGUAAUGGGACGAAUGAUGCUUCUGACGGUGCUCCUAAUGUAGAGAUGGCUCUCAACAUGUCCGCCACCGAUGCCCAGAAACUGGCAUCCCAGCCGCAUAAAUCAACCAUCGGCCAGCGGAAACCGGCUUCCAAAGUAGAAGCCAGUGGUUCCACUUUAAAGCUGGGAGCCAAGAAAGGUGGGGGUCUAGGAGCCCAGCGUGUGAAAAAGGAUUUCUCUGCCAUUGAGAAGGAAGCUGUCCGCAAUGACCAGCUCAGACAAGAAGCCAAAGCCACCGAACUUUCAAAGGAGGAACAACAGCAAUCGUUACAAAGCUUAGAGCGCGCUUAUGAAGAUAUGAGCAUUGCUGGGAAACGUGAGGAGGAACGAAUGAUGAGAGUGGAUCCCAAGAAGGCACAACAGGCAGAGCGACUUGGCAUGGGCCUUGGAGCUCGGAGUGGAGCAUCACACAGCAUGUUUGGUGAAAUGAAGACCAUAGAGCAAGAGACACCAGUUGGAGCCAAGCCAAACAGAAGUAACAACAACAACUUCCGUGAUGAUGACAUAGAGGAGGACUUUGAGACUAUAAUAAGGUUUUCUUCUGGCCCACCAAAGUAUCGCGACAGCCCUUUUGAAGACAGAAAUAACUUUGGCUUUGCUGGAGGAAAGGGGUCUGGCAUUGAUGACCUCUUAGGCAACAAGUCCUCAAUGACUUCCUCGUCAUCCUGGGAAAACGAAUUUGAUAAGUCAAAGUCAUCAUCUGGCGUCAGCUCCUCCAGCAGUCUUGGGUCAAUGUCGUCCUCUAACAAGGUCUCUGCAUCUGCCAACUAUAAGUACACCCCAGUGGAAGAUAAGAAAGCACAACAGAAGUUCGGCAAUGCCAAAGCUAUCUCGUCUGACAUGUUCUUUCAAGAUCGUGACCCAGAUUCUGAAAUGCGCUCAACACUGGCACGGUAUGAAGGAUCGUCGUCCAUCUCGUCAGCUGAUCUGUUCGGGGGUCCACAGGCACCAAGGCAGCAGUACAGUGGAGGCUCCAUACAGGACCGUUACAUGUGAAGAAGUCUGGCAAGUGAAUACGAUCGGUUUCAUACACCUCCGUUUAUUUUUUUAUUUUUAUCUUUAUAUUUUAUCAUCAUCAUCAUCUCUCUUUUUCUUACCUCACCCGAUGCUCUCAAGGCAUCUCUUUGUAGAAGAAGUGAGGGUACAGGUAAUGCCUGUGAUGUUUUAAUUCCACUCAUUGCAUAGCUCUAUUUAUGGUUUGUUUUGUUAGCUGACUUAUUUAUCACAGUUAUAUAAUUGAUACAUUAAGUAUUAUUUUGUAAUAUUUUUGAAAGGUAUUGUCUUUUGUACAGAAUGUAAAGUUUAAGGAUUUGAUAUUACAGUACUGACACAAAGAGACUGAAUACUUUAAGGUCAUUCACUGAAGAAACUGCUGAGAAAUUUCGUUAGACCCUCAUUAUUAAAUAUCAGAUGUAAUAUAGCUUGAUGGUUACAUGCAUGUUGAUUGGGGGUUUAACAGGGCAGGGUCAUGUGAAGUGAUGCUUUGAUGAAUAUCAGAUAAUAAGAUUUUGAUGUUUGUUCAUAUAUCUUCCUAAGUUUUAAGCUCAGAUAUUUGUAUCAAUUUUAUGCCUAUGGAGGCCAUUAUAAAGAUUACUUUUUGUUGUCUAGUUCCUCCAAAUGUGGGAACUACAGCAGUGUAUAUUGUUAUUUUUAUGGUGCAGAUGAUAAUGAGAUUGAUAAGGCCAUCAUUCAGACUUUACAGUGUAUUUUCCUUUUUUAGUCAUUUCAGCCAACAUUUUAGUUUGGAUUUCAUUGUCAAAAAUGGGGAAAAAAGCACUUAAGUGUAUUAUUCUAAAUUUAGAAAAGGUUGAGUCAUUUGUCUAAUCAUAUUUUAAAUAUAUAUUACUUUGCAUUAGUAUAUGACAGUCAGCCAGGAGGUUUGAAAACAAAACUUGGUGCCAUCUGAAAUUAAUAACAAAGACCCAUUUUAAAAUAUAUAUAAAGUUUGCUUUUGUGUUAGAAGAUUUAAAUUUAUUGUUGUAUCUUAUCAUUUAUUAUGUGGUUAUAAUGGGAUUGGGAUUAAAAGCAAAUUUAAA